AUGAGAUUCAACUUGGCCUCGGGCCUGCUGUUGGUCCUUGCGACUACAGAGGCCGUUGGUGCCGUCAACUGGUUCAGCAAAGCUGUGUACAACAGAUGGCACGAAACAGAGCUAGAAAGAUGGCUUUCCGACCACGAUAUCCCGUAUCCUACACCUGCAGAUCGCAAGGAUCUUGAGGACUUGAUGAAAUCAAACUGGGAUAUGAAGGUCCAAAAGCCCUUGGCGCAGAUGACAGACCAAAGCUCUGACCAGUUGCAUCAUGCAAAGGAGUGGAUCUUUGAUACCUGGUCGGACUCUCAGCUCAAGGCAUUCUUGGAUCGACACGGUAUUCCUGCUCCGCAGCCGCGCAGGCGUGAUGUUCUUCUGAGAACUGCCCGUGAGAACUAUGAGACAAUUGCAAAGAAGAUUGGCGAGACAGCCGCGUAUCCUGGAAACUGGGUUUACGCACAGUGGACAGAGUCUGAUCUGAAGGAAUGGCUCGAUGAGCGUGGAUGGCCUGUGCCUCAGCCCAGUACUCGGGACAAGCUUGUCGCGUCGGUGCGUCGCAAUGCUAGAUUGGCUAGCCUGCAAGCACGUAGCAUUUCUGCUUCUGCUGCUGCUUCUGCAGAUGCGGCCCAGGCUACGUUGAGCGAAGCGCUGUUCCAAGCUUGGUCUGACGCGGAUCUGAAGAAGUUCCUUGAUGACCAUCAAAUCAAGGUGCCCCAAGGCUCCAUGCGCAAUGAGCUUGUUGCGCUAGCAAGAAAGCACCGCGCUUCUUUGGUCAGCCAGGCAUCAUCUGCUUCUAAUACCGCUUCGCAGUGGAUUGGUGCUGCUACCUCUAGUGCUGGCAAUGAGUAUGCGCGAGCAACCGACUCGGUCCACGAUGUGUUUGAUUCCAUCAUUGAGACUUGGUCCGAUUCUCGUCUCAAGGCAUUCUUGGAUGCCAGAGGAAUUCCUGUCCCUCAGAGUGGGAAGCGUGAUGAGCUCCUUGCCAGUGUGAGAGCACACAAGCAUCAGGUGGCAGCACAUUUCAAUGCCUGGAGCUUUGAUACCUGGGACACUGAACAUCUCAAGAACUACCUGUCUUCCAUGAACGCCAAGGUGGCUCAUCGCGCGGAUGUAUCCCGCGAAGAGCUCAUGAGACAAGCGCAGGAUGCUUACGCCAAAGCCUCCAAGGCUGGAGGCUCGAAUCUAGCCUCUGCUACUUCCUACAUGGCCCAAGCCACCGAAGCAGCCAAGGGCAGCUCGUUCGAUACUUGGUCUCGCUCUGAGCUCAAGGCCUAUCUUGACUCUUAUGGCAUUCCCGUGUAUCAGGGUUCUAGCGCGAAUGAAUUGCGGGCGGCCGCUAGACACCAGGCUCAAUAUUUCACAUAUGGAACAACGAGUCCAUAUGGCACACUCUACACCAAGUUCAAGGACACUGCCCAGUGGGUCUGGGACCAGCUGAAGAUUGGCGCAUCGAGUGGCAGAGCUCAGGGCCAGGAGUCUGCAGAAAAAGUGAAGGAUACAGUCUUUGAAACGGCUGAUGAAUUGCGCUCGGAGCUGUAA